CUGAUGGAAAAAGUAAACAUUGCAACGUGACACUAUAAAUUAAUGUAUGAAAUACUAAUUAAUUAAAUAAAAAUAAAAUGUUAAAAGAUUAUCUCAUAAAACAUCAUCAUAAUGAUUUGAAAGAAAUAAUUAAUUCACCUGAUGUAUCUGCACACUAUUCUAUUUAUGUUAAUUUGGCUACGUUGUAUGUGGAUGAGUUAGAGCUGGUGGAAAAAAUAACUCGCCAGCCAACAAAAUACCUGCCGCUGUGUGACCAGUCAGCUGUUGAUGUCCAGAAAUUAAUUAUUGACAAUGACAAUGCUGAUGAUGACAACAAAAUACAAAGGGUCAAAAGUAAAGUGCAUAUAAGAAUAACUGGAGCGCCAUGGAAAAUAAAUGAUGACACUGAGGGACAACUUGUUUCGAUCACCGGCAUAACUGUCAGAAUAUCGCAGCCCACUAUGCUGACGAAAGUUAAGCGGUUUUUAUGCAAAAAGUGUGCGAACAUCACUACAAUAAAAUUAAAUUGGGAAACAAUGUCAUACAAUAAUAAUAAUAGUACUGAGUGCGAAUCAUGUGACAGCAAAAGUUUGACACUUGUGAACAGUCCUGACCCAGAAGACGUUUACGAUUACCAAGAAGUUAAAAUACAAGAAAAAUCUAAAACCGAAACUGGUAGUUCGUAUUCCGUUGGUAUGCAAGUUCUGUUGCUUGAUGAUUUAAUAAACAAGUGUAAGCCUGGUGAUGACGUUGAAAUAAGCGGUGUUAUUACAAGAAGAUGGUCGCCUCUCGAAGAAGGCAAAAGAGCGCAACACACAACUAUCAUGAUCGCAAAUAACGUCAGUGUGCUUCGUAAAGUGAUUGAUUCAGAUUACAAACAGUCUGAGGUCAGAGAAAUAUUCGAUAAUUAUUGGAAAAUUUAUGAAAACGAUCCUCUGGUUGGUCGGAAUAAAAUAUUGGCGUCUAUUUGUCCUCAACUUUACGGAAUGUUUACUGUUAAGCUUGCAUUAGCAAUUGUUUUAGCCGGUGGUGUCCCUAGAUUAAAUCAAACAGGUGUCAGAGUACGAGGUGAGCCUCAUUUAUUAAUGAUCGGUGAUCCUGGUACUGGUAAAUCUCAGAUAUUGCGUACAGCAGGUAAAUUAGCAACUAGAUCUGUAACAACAACGGGAAUAGGAACUACUGCUGCUGGAUUAACUGCUGCGGCUGUUAAAGACUCUGACGGAUGGCAUUUAGAAGCUGGCGCGCUGGUACUGGCAGACAAAGGUGUCUGUUGUGUUGAUGAAUUUUCGACAAUGAGUUCAAAUGACCGGGCGUCAAUGCACGAGGCAAUGGAACAGCAGACAAUAUCAAUAGCAAAAGGUGGUCUUGUCAGUACUCUUAACACCAGAUGUUCAUUAGUCGCAGCCACUAAUCCCAUUGGUGGUAAAAUAGUCCAAGAUGAAGAGGUAAAAACACGAAUUGGCGGGCCGCUGCUCUCACGUUUCGAUAUUAUUCUUCAUCUUCAAGACAAUCAUAAUAAAGAAUGGGAUGAGUUGACUACCAGACAUAUUAUUGAUAUCAGUUGUGAAGAUGAAAAAGAACAGACUGAAAGAAAUUUAAAAAACCCGAUGGUUUUAUUAAAGUCUGAUAAUUUAUGGAAAAAUGAAAGUUUGAGAGAAUAUUUUGCUUAUGUACAUUCAUUCGAUCCAGUAAUUUCUAAGGAAGCGGAUAAAAUAUUGAGCUCUGUAUUUUUAUAUUUACGAUCUAAUACUACUGAUAGACUUGAAGACAGAACUACUGUUAGACUUUUAGACAGUCUUAUCAGAUUAGCAGAAGGCCAUGCUAGAUUAAUGUACAAAAAAGUUGUUGAUGUUCAGGACGCGAUUGUUGCAGCACAACUUGUUGGCGUGGUGCCAAUGAAAAUGGAUGCUGGCUGUCCGUUUCCUGAAGAUCCUCAAGCGGCAUUUGAAGAAGAGGCUGACGCAGUAUUAAAGUUAUUAGACUCUGAUUACUUGACUCCACCAAAAAGUGGACUGUAAAUGUGAUUACUUGUAAGCUACUACUGUAUUAUUGUAAAUUCGUUACUUAUUUCAUAGAUGUCCAUUUUUUAUAAGAUAAAAUAAAAUAAAUUA